AUGCGCGCCUUGAUCUUGAUAACUCUGCUUGCCGUCGUGGCCAUCGCAGCCGCCCAGGGACCUCGUGGCCCCAGACGUGAUGAUGGCCCACCCGGUGGUCGUCCAGGUGGUCCGCCUGGCGGUCGUCCAGGUGGUCCGCCCGGCGGUCGUCCUGGUGGUCCGCCCGGCGGUCGUCCAGGCGGUCCGCCCGGCGGUCGUCCCGACGGUCCGCCCGGCGGUCGUCCAUCCAACUCGACGACAUCCACAACCAGCACAACGGCAGCCCCGAGCAGCGACGAUAGCAGCAGCACAGAAACUUCCACCGAGAUCUCGACGGAGGAUUCCACGGCAUCUGCUUAG